AUGAUUGGAGAAAUGUUUCGAACUUUUUCUGCUAUAUCAACAACUACCUUCAAAGUUCCAACAAUAAUCGUCAGACAAUUUUAUCGACCGCCACCAGUGGUCCCAGAUUCUAAGACAACGAACACAUGUAACAACAAAACAAUACUGAGAAUUUCACUGACUAUACUGUUUGGGAUGAGCUUUAUCAGUGUUUGCAAUCGAUUCAAAGUGAUCGUCAGGCAUUCUAAAUUGUUGAAUAAAGCUGUCACGUCACCAGGCAAACAUUUUAGAAAACUUUUUUCCAUCAUGAAUUUUUCAGAAUGUCAAAAAGAAGUAAUAUAA